GCCCGAAACCGAAAGUUUUAGCUAGAAGCGAGAAGUUGCAGCUAACGUCUUUUACCUUGUGUGUGUGGGUAGACUAUAUUGUAUUAUAACACGACUCUAAGCUUCAUGAAGGCUUCUUUUAUUAUAUACCGUAAGUAUUAAUAACAUAGUAAUAACAUUAGUAAGAUGAAGGGCCUGUGAUGAUGAAGAAAUACGACGAUAGUUAGAUAGCGCCGACGCUCAGAGGAUUCAUCGUGUGUGUUUUUGGGGCUUUAAAGGCUGAUUUCAUUCCUAAAACUAGCUCCGUGAAGCUGAUCAGAAACAUGGAUCUUGAUCAUGAAGUCGCAAGGAUCUUUAGGCCGGGGUUUGAGGAAGGAGAAGCAGACGAGGAGGAGACGGAUAAGUUGCAGAGGCCGCCCUCCAGCUAUGGUUCAAUGAAGAGCGACAGCGACGGCGAGAAGGAGAAGGAGGACGACGAAGGAGAAGAAGAAGACAUUCAAGAUGAAGCUUGUCCUUCUCCUCUUCCUGGGACAUAUGUUGAGCCCACUGAUCAUGAAGAGACAGGAUUGCGGCUGCAUCGCCCCGAGUCCCCAGAAACCCUGUUCACCAUCACCACGAUGCAGACCAAACCGCCAGGAGCUCUCGUCCUUGACACCAGGUCUGACUCUCUGGAGGUUUAUUCAGAUGACGAUGAAGAGGAUCUGGAUGAGGUUUUGGUCGCUGACUCACCAGAACCACCCGAGCCUGUCGAACCAGACGAUGCAAUGCAGACUGAAGAUGGCCAACCAGGCGUACUACACCCAGAGCAGGACAUGCCUUUCCUAUUCAAGACUAUCCAGGAAGCGCUCUCAGUGCUCAAAAAUGACGAGCUAUACAAUUUUAAGAUGCGGUUUUACCAGCGAGACAAAGGCCUCACCCUGCAGAAUGUGCUGGAGGGAGACAUUCUUGAUUUUGUGGACAAGAUCAUUGAAGUGCUCGGCCAGGACGAGGCCGUGAUACACACUGUGAGCACAUUAGAAAGUGUCAACAAGAGCGAAGAGGCGAGCGCACUGGACGAGAAGUGCAAGAGAUCGUUGAUCCGGCAUCGCCUGAAGCAGUACUACGUCAGGAAACAUCAAAUCAUCCGCGAGGGCGUGGUUCGAGCCGGGAAGCAGAACUUCCUGAAUAACGUCUACGUCGAGCCUGAGAUCUCCAUCUGCGGUAACGGAGGAAUCGACCCCUUCCACGAGUACCGGCCCCGACGUCCUUCGGCUUUCCAGCUCCCCGGCCCCGAGACGUUUUUACAUUUGAACAAUCUGUUCAGACAACAGAAGGCAGACGGACAGCUGGUGAGGACGGUGGUGACGACCGGGCUUCCAGGAAUUGGCAUGACUGUCUCUGUGGGGAAGUUCUUGCUGGACUGGGCAGAACUAGUUGCCAAUAAGGAACUGCAGUUCGUCUUCAAACUCUCAUUCCGCAAUUUCUGGUAUAUGCAAAACAAAAACCCACCAGAGAGGAUGUCCAUACUUGAAAUGAUAGGAUACUAUUAUCCUCAGUGCAAAAACAUGAGAUUCCUGGAUGAAGAGGGAUGUAAAUACCUCAUCAUUAUGGACUCAUUCGAUUGCUACCGAGCUACUCUGGACUGGGAGAACGCUCCAGUAGUAACGGACAAUCGCACCAAAGCAAUUCCUGAGGUCUUGCUUGUGAACAUCUUCCGUGGCAAUUUGCUUCGACGCGGCCAUGUUUGGGUCCUGGGCCGACGGGCGGCCGUCACACAAAUACCAUCCAAGUUCGUCGACCUCUUGACCGAAAUCCAGGGCUUCAGCCAAGCGAUGAAAGACGAGUACAUGACCAAGCGCUUUACUGAUAAAAGGGUGGCGGGAAAAGUUAUGGCCCAUUACAAGCGCCUACCGUCGAUUGUCUCGCUUACGCGUCACCCCUUUGUCUCCUGGAUGGUGGUCGCCAUUUUUCCACGCCAGUUCCGUGAUCCGGAGUACGGGUCGAAUCCCCCCAGACUGACGCCGUUCUAUAUCAACAUUAUGAUCGUCCAGAUGAACCGCAGGCUGCAGUUCUACUACGGAAAGGGGGAUCAUGACCUGAGAUGGACGGAUGAGGACAAGUCCCUGCUGACACGGAUGGGGAAGAUGGCCUUAAAGAUGCUGGAGAAGAAUACCAGCGUGUUCUACGAAGAGGACGUGAAGGAGUUCGGUCUGAAGCUCAUGGAGGUGACGGUGUUGUCUGGCUUGUGUACUGAGAUCCCCAAUACAGCCAACAGCAAGAGGGCGUUCUCCUUCAUACACGUCACUCUCCAGGAGUACAUGGCCGCUAUGUACGUCUUCACGAGUUUUCGCACAGACGGUAAGAACGUUCUGGAGUCUGGGAUGCACAUGCCCAAGAUCUUCGCCGGCUCCGCCACCAAGGAUCAGACCAAAUCGCCAGUAGGUAUGGUCCACUGCGCCUUGGAGAAAACCUUCGCCGCCCCGGUGGGACACUUCGACUUCUUCCUGCGCUUCCUGUGUGGCAUGCUGUCCCCACAAUGCCACGACGAACAGCUGGCCGGGUGCCUUUACUGCCACCACGCCCCGAAGGUGUGCGCACUUGACGAGGUGCAGCGGAUUCUGGAGAAGAAAAUACAGACUGCUCCUGAGGACCGAAAGGAAAACUUAAAGGAGUGCCUUAGAGAAUUGAUCCAAAAGGACGAGUGAGUCGGGGUCAUUUUGCAUCAUUCAUGACAAUCAGUCGCUUUAUAUGGAUGUAAGAAUUCAAAGUGCGACUCUGAAAACACUCAAAUCUGUGUCAUUUUGUGUUUGAUAUUAAGUUUUCAUACGUUAGACCAGUGCUGUUUGAUCACGACGUUAAGAGUCUGUCAGUCAUGUGACAGAUACAACUGACAAAAACAAUGUUCUGUGCAUCUCUGCAGUAUGAUUGUCAUGGCUUGCAAUGAGCACUAAUGAAAAUGCGUCCUGACAUCGAUUUUACUUCACUCAGCUGCCAUUUGUCAGUUAACUAUAUGCAUUUAGUUUCUCCUCGAUGAAACGCACGAAGACUGGCAAAACUGAAUGAACUGUAGAAUUAGCAGCAAGUAUCACAAGAUAUGAUAAUGUUUUCAAGAGGCGGCAAAAAUCUGACUUUCCUU